UCGGCUUUUUCUGUGUCCAAGAAGCUGUACAUGCAAAAGAUGGCCGAGGUUGAUAAUGAUGGGGAGCAGAAUACAGCAGACAAAGAUGAUUUACAAGUGUUAAAGGAACUGGUAGAUGAACUAUACUACUUUAGAGAUCAUUACUUUGAGACGCACAGUGUUGAAGACGCUGGUAGGAAACAGAAUGAUGUUGCUCAAGAAUUGGCAAAGACACUUGGGAAGCUCGAGGAAAAGGAGGACCUAUACAAACACAGCACACAGUUUCUGCUACUGCGGGGCCGGUGUCUGAACGUUGCACCGGAGUUCAGUCAGGCCGCAGAAGAGUGUCUGUCCCGGGCUGUUAAGCUGGAACCAGGAUUGGUUGAGGGUUGGAACACACUGGGAGAGCAGUACUGGAAAAAAGGAGACCUGACCGCAGCCAAGACCUGCUUUGUAGGUUCACUGCAGCAGAGUAAGAACAAAGUGUCUUUGAGAAGCCUCUCUAUGGUGCUAAGACAGUUGCCACCAGAAGGGGAUGCCCAGGAGCAGAGCAAACGUAUUUUAGAGAGCGUGGAGCUGGCCAGACAAGCUGUGCAACUUGACGUCACUGAUGGGACAUCUUGGUAUAUUUUGGGCAAUGCAUACAUCUCCAUGUUCUUUACCAGUGGACAGAACCCACAACUCUCUCAACAGGCUCUCAGUGCAUAUGCGCAGGCUGAGAAAAUCGACAAGGCAUCCGCAUUGAAUCCUGACCUCCACUUCAACAGAGCUACGUUGUUCCAAUAUGAGGAAAUGUUCAGUUCAGCUCUGGAUGGAUAUAGUCGGGCAGCAGCUCUUGAUCCUGGCUGGGAGGAACCUCGAGAGAGAGAAAAACUGCUUUUGAAAUACUUAGACCACAUUACAUCUUUAACAGAGAACAAGGGGAAAGUAAAAGCACGGCGUCUUCGUAACAUGCUCGCUUCCCUCAGUAACUCCGCCCUGGGGCCGUGCUCCUCCCCUCAGUUUCGUUCUCCCUCAGGCCAUGUGGGAAGCCUUGAAUCCCGCAAUCUGUCUGCUCUCACUCACGGUCAUAAUGCUGGGGUUGCAGCCUUAGGAAAAGUGGUCUUCAGCUUUGCCUCAGAAGGCCGUAUGGCCUUUACAUUUGGCAUGGUGGACAGUAAAGAGACCUGUUGUGUGGUCAUGGUGUACAACACAGCGGACAGCUGGGGUGUUUUAAUAGGAGAUACUGUUGUCAUUCCUGAACCACAGGUCAAACGCCACAGUGUAUCACAUAAAGAUAAGUCUUACGACUUUCGAAGUAUACGUGUGGACUCUCCCCUGCUCCUUAUUGUCAAUGGAAAGAAACAAGUGAUGAAGAGCCAAAGUGCCGCCUUUGUUACUUACAAACCACAGAGUGAAUGAAAACCAGCAUGAGGACAUUGAAAGUGAUGAGGGUAGUGUUUUUUCAGUUUGUAUAUAUUUUGCAAUGUUUCUGUCAGGUUUUGUCUGUGCAGAGAAUCUCCGUUGUGUACAUAUUUUCCUUUUUUAAUUUACCUUUCUGUUGGACUUUAUUUGUAAGAAUGUGCUGCUGUUUGUUUCAUAUUUAGGAUGUUAAAAUAAAACAAUCCCAAGGUGCUGUAUUUAUUCAAAGUUAUUUUCUAUUGCAUUACCAGCCUCAGCAAAGACAGAACUUAUAUGAGGAGUUGAGAACUGUUUGGCUGUUACAAAGGCUUUGUCACAUUUUAAUUGGGCUAUUUAAUACAUGCCUUAGGCCACAAGACCUUUACCUUUUACAAACACUAUCUAACUUAUAUAACUUCAGUUAUAUACAUAUUUGACAAAGAACUCAACAUAAACAACUUAUCUGACAAUCAGAAAAGGUACAACUGAUAUCAAAAAUCAUAAAUGGAAAAAAACACAGUUAAACAGUCAGCCUUAAACUUAAUGUAAACAACAAGUCAGUUUUUCUUAAGAAAAAAUUGGGAUCUCUCCCGGGCUGGUGAAGUUAACUGGAAGAAGGUUUUUGCAUUUUCUGGUCCCUGUGAGAAGAACCAGUUACCCUCUUGUGCCA